AUGAACGACGGAUUGAACAAACUCACUUCCGUCGAGAGCGAGUACCUAGAGAAGAGCGGGAAAAAAAGAAGACAAAAAUUCUUAACUCCACAUGAAGAUGUUUGCAUCCACCAGGAUGGGACCUGUGAACGAAAUUGUUUGUCCACUGUUCAAGAGGAAAUGAAACAAGACAAGGAAUUUGCCCCCCCAGAUGUUUAUGUAAGUGAGGGGAGGAUGGGGCAAGCGGUGCACCCCUCCAGCGUAGACUCAAGUGCAAGCUUUCCCUUAGAUGCAGAAGUGGAGGAAGAAGAUUCUGAGACACUCCAAGUCAUAAAGCAGCUCAGUUCUAUUCGUAUCGACUCAGACUCGGACAGCUCCAUCGGGGGGGAUAAGGUGGUUUGUAAUAAAAAGGAAAAUACACCAAAAAAGAGGAAUAAAAAAAAAAGGGGGAAAAACACAAUUAUACCCUUGUGGGAUAAUGCGAAUGUGGAAUGCGUGGAGGAUGCCAUCGUGUACGACGAGUCGAAGGACACGGAUUUCCCCGAUCUGCUGCAACUCUUCGAGGAAUACAACGAGAAGUAUUUUUUUAACAAGUUGAAGUCAGUGCAGGUGAAGUGGAGCAACAAAAUGAAGUUAUGCGCAGGGAUUUGUAUAUUCAAGAAAUCAGGCUACUGCUGCAUUCGUCUAUCCCUCCCACUUUUGAAGCUGCGGAAGAUAAAGGAGUACCGGUGUGACCAGUUUCGAGUGCAACACACAAAAAUGCUCAUUCCGCAGGAGACCCUACUGCACGAAAUGAUUCAUGCGUUCCUCUUUCUAACGAGAAGUAAUUCGCGACAUGAUGGACACGGACCGGAGUUCAAAAAGCACAUGUACAGAAUUAACAAAGCGACGGGGUUGUGCAUUACGAUAUAUCACAGCUUUCACAAGGAGGUGAAUUUUUACAGGAACCAUGUCUGGCGGUGCACGGGCGUCUGCAGAACUUACCCACCCCACUUUGGGUACGUCAAAAGGUCUAUGAAUAGGCCCCCCGGCCCCAAGGAAAAGUGGUGGAGAAGGCACUCCUCGUACUGCCGUGGCAAUUUCGUUAAAGUGGAAGACGCACAAGAGGCUAAGAAUGCAGACACGGUACAUUUGAGCGAGCAGGGGGAGAGCUCCGGCACACUUGGGAAGGCGAUGGACUCAACGCGCACGAAGGAUAAGAAGACGAAGGGGAAAGACGGGUUUGGAAAACGGGCAGACAGGGUACAGACAGAAGUGCUGAACGACGCCAUAGUUAUUUUGGACACGAAGAAAAAAAAUAUGGAAAAGCAAAAAGAGGUGGACGAAAUGAAUAUCAUUAAUUUAAUAAAAACCCUUUUUAGUGACAACAAGCAGAAGGUGUGGUCCUUCCCGGACUUGUCUGUUGAUUACCACAAGGCGUUUAAAAAUGAAAACUACUUUGAAAUAGACUAA